AUGACCACUAUGAAAUGGUUUAUAUUGUACCUUAUUGUGUUCAGUGUUUAUGUCAAAGAGCUAAACACAGAAGGACCACUAUACCAGGUCCAUAUGGAAGGUCAUAGACUGGCUAUAACUGAGAGCCAGUCUAUGAGGAUAGAGACCUGGAGACUCUUUGGACUCAUUCAGAUGAUACCUGAUUAUGAGCCAGAGGAGAACAGCGCUGCUGUGAUCCCUCCUUUCUCUUUCCCUUCCCGCUUCAGCUUAGGUAAAAUUAAAAAGACUGGAGAUAUCAAAGAUAAACCACAGCAUGUUCCAGAUAUCACACCACUCUACUUUAAAACAGACGCUGAUGUCCAUACAGGAGAGGCUUCCACAUGGGGCAGAGGGUUCUAUAAAACCUUUGACAAUCGCAUGUUCACUUUCACGUCCUCUUGCAACUUCUCUUUCUGUCAUCAUUGUGUUGAAUCGGGAAGAGAAUUCAACAUUGAGCUGAGCCGUAACAAGGAAGGAAAUAUUGGUCAAAUAUCUAUUAUGAUAGAUGGCAAUGAGAUCUUGGUGGAAAGUGGCAGUAUCAUCGUCAACAGCAAACAUGUGUACGUGCCAUUUGACAAUAAAAUGAUCCGUAUAAAGAAAUAUGGGGACUACACAAAGCUGGAAAGCCGCAGAGGCAUUCUGACAUUACUAUGGAAUGAAGAUGAUAAACUGUCGCUCACCCUGCAUAGAGCAUAUGACACCUGUGGUCUCUGUGGAGAUAGUCAUGCUGGUGAAGGCACAGAUAUCAUGCAGCUUAUUACAGACAGCAGAAUCCCAGGCGGUACUUGUCUUGAACCUGUCAUUGAACAAGGUCUACACUGUAAUGAGGGAAGAAUGUAUUGCAGUAAUGUCAUUGCAAAACACUUCAGAUCAUGUAAAAAUGUUGGUGACUUGUACAAGGACUAUGAAAAAGUGUGCAUAGAAGAAUAUUGCAGAACUGGGAAUGCAAUGGAUGUGUGCCCCACAUUUUCUGAAUUAGCCCGAGAAUGUGCCUUAGAGGGUUCUGGUCCAUAUGAAAAAUGGAGAAGUGAUCCUGAUAUAGUUUGUGUUACACCUGCAUGUCCAGGAUCUGAAAUUUACAGAGACUGUGGUCCUUCCAACCAGGCAACAUGUUCUUAUAUUUCUCCGUUCCAAGAGGCUGGAUGCGUGAGUGGUUGUGUAUGCCCAGAAGGGCAUGUUCAUAAUGAUAUUGGAGGAGAUAGCAAAUGCAUUGCAAAAACAAAUUGUGCCUGUAAAUAUAAUGGAAAAGUGUAUAAAUCUGGUGAAGUGAGGAAAGAUACUUGCAAUUCAAAGUGCACUUGCCAUGAUGCAAAGUGGUCAUGUACAGAACCAUUAUGUCCAGGAAGAUGUGAUGUGGAAGGACCUUUCAUCACAACCUUUGAUGGCAAUUCUUACAGCUAUGCCGGAGACUGUCACUUUGUAGCAAUUCAGGACAAAGACUGGUCUCUGAGUGUGGAACUGCGGCCAUGUUUCACUGGUCCAGCUGAGACAUGUUUGAAGAGUGUGACUUUGUCUCUUGGCUCAACUGUUUCAGCAGAUAGAUACAUAUUCCAUAGCAAUGGCAGUUUCUUCAAUGACAAGAUAAAGCAUCAUGAUUAUUACUCUUCAGAUAGAAUCAUCAUCUUCAAGCAGUCAUCAUCCUACAUUGAAGCACAAUUAUACUUUGGCCUAAAAUUACAGAUACAGAUUGACCCCACUAUGCAGCUCUAUGCCUCCCUGCCAGCAAAAAUGUAUACAAAUAUAAACGGCCUCUGUGGUUCAUUCAACAACAAAGCAGAAGAUGAUUUUAUGUCCAGCCAGAACAUCCUGGAGGUGUCCUCAGAGGCAUUUGCACGCUCCUGGGAAAUGAUGACAUGCCCUAAAGCCAAGCAUCCUUCAUGUAUCAGUAUAGAGAAAGAAAGAUUUGCAAGAAAAAACUGUGCAGUACUCAAUAAUCCCGAUGGAGUGUUUGCUUCUGGACAUUCGGCUGUAGACCACAGGAUUUACUAUGAGAAAUGUCUGGUUUCAACAUGUAUAUGUGACAAAGUCAAGGAUUGUUUGUGCACAGCACUGGGAAACUAUGUCAAGGCAUGUGCCAAACAUGGAAUAUACAUAACUGGCUGGAGAAAGGGUCUUUGUGCGCAAGAUUGUGAAGCAGGCAAGGUCUUUCAAUAUCAUGCAAAAGCCUGCAAUACUUCUUGCCGUUCCUUUUCGGAGAAAGAUAUGACCUGCGAGGUAGACAGUACCCCAGUGGAUGGAUGUGUCUGCGACAAGGGCCGAUAUUCAAAUAGCAAAGGUGUAUGUGUUGAGCAAGAUCAGUGUGAUUGUUACUUGGAUGAUGCUGUUCUGAAGAGAGGUCAAAGUAUUAAGUUGGAUAAUAAUAUAUGUGUUUGUAAGAUAGGGCAGGUACUUUGCCACAGUCCUGCUGAAUUAAAACCUGUAAACUGUACAGGUGGAGCUGAAUAUAUCAGUUGUUCUGACCCAAAAGUAAAGAGAAGAGUGGACAAAACUUGCAAUGCGCUGAACAUACCUUACAUAUCUAUGGACUUGCCCUGCAGGCGUGGAUGCUACUGUUCUGUGGGCAUGGUGCGGAAUUCUGAAGACAACUGCAUUUUGCCAUCCCUUUGUCCAUGUUCCUACAGUGGUCGCAAAUAUGAACAAGGAAGCUCAAUAAAUGUUGAAUGCAAUAUUUGCACAUGUGUACAAGGAUCUUGGAAGUGUACAGAACAUAGAUGCCAAAGUUCUUGUCAUAUCUAUGGAGAUGGUCAAGUUCAAACUUUUGAUGGGAAAUGGUACAGUUACGAUGGUCUUUGUCAAUAUGUACUUGCUGAGGACUAUUGUGGUAAAGACGAAGGGUCAUUCAGAGUUCUAACAGAGAGUGUCCCAUGUUGUGGUGAUGGCGUUACAUGUGCAAGGAAAAUCACAGUGGCUUUCAAGAAUGGCAGCCUUGUUCUGGAAGAUGGAAAAUUCAUGUUUGUGAAAAAUACUGGAAGCACUACAUGUGAAACAGACAAGCAACCAUAUAGUGUUCACACUGUUGGGCUCUAUUUGAUAAUCAAAUUCAUGCAUGGAAUAACCUUGAUUUGGGACAAAAAUACCAGAGUAUCUGUUAUAAUGGAGCCAAACCUAAAUAGACAAAUAUGUGGCCUUUGUGGAAAUAAAAAUGGAAAUCUUCAAGAUGAAUUUACUACAAGGCAAGGUACAUUGGCAGCUGGACCAGUGGAGUUUGGCAAUAGCUGGAAAAUUAGCCCUGCGUGCUCAGACACAGUAGCUGAGUCUUUCCCAUGUGAUGCAAAUGCUUACUGUAAAGACUUGGCCUUGAGAAAAUGUGAAAUAAUUAGAGACUUUCGGUUCAGAUCCUGCCACAGCAAGGUUGACCCCACUCCGUAUCACAAGGCUUGCAUUGAGGAAUCUUGUGCAUGUACCAUGGAAGGGAAGUAUCUGGGGUUCUGUACUGCUGUAUCGAUGUAUGCAGAAGCAUGUGUAGCAGUUGGUGUUUGUAUACACUGGCGUACGCCAGAACUUUGUCCUGUCUUCUGUGAUUACUACAAUGCUCCUGGGGAAUGUAGCUGGCAUUAUGAGCCCUGUGGAACUGUAACAGCCAGAACAUGUAAAGAUCACAUGAUUGGCAGGGUUCUUCCAUCUGUCUUGGAAGGCUGCUACGCAAAAUGUCCUGAUACAGCACCUUACCUAGAUGAAAACACCAUGAAAUGUGUUCAGUUGUCAGAUUGCUCAUGCUUUCACAAUGAUGUAAUCGUUGCCGGACAAAUAAUUUAUGACGACUGUGGAAGAGUAUGCAAGUCUGGGGCUCGUCCUGCAGAGCCAGUUUCCUCAGGGGAUGACUAUGAUUCUGACUCUUCAGAAUCAGUAUCGACAGGUCACAAUUCGGACCCAAAGGAUAAUGUCUGA